CAUGCCAGCGAAUUUCCAGUGGUUGCCUGCAUGGCGCGAGACUUUCUCGCCAUUCCGGCUACUUCUGUAUCUGUUGAACGCCUCUUCUCGAAUUCUCGCCACCUCUGCCGGGACACGCGGUCGUCUAUGCAGGCGUCGACUAUUACAGAGGUGAUGUGCACAAAGAAGUGGCUAGAAGAUCCCGACCUCUUCUAUGAGGUGAUCCUCAAACCGCAAUGA